AAAGAUAAAAUUUCCUUGGCGUCACAUGAUGAAACAAAGCAUCCUAUAAAACGGUGGGCUAGGCCAAUGAUACUGUAAAUACUGUUUAACUGAAGCAACUGUUUUCGACGAACCGUUUAUUUUUUGCAAAUAGACAUGAAAGUUGGCAGCAUUUUUCUGAUUCUUCUUCUCCAUGUAAUUGAACAUGUACGAUCGCGCAACGAAGAUUUGAUGACUGAGUAUAAAAGUCCAAGCAAUCAGAUGACUAGGAUGGAAGAAAAUUACAUUUCUUCUUUUCCUAAAAACGAGGGAAGAGAGGGAAUGCAGAACAUCCGGCAAAAAAAGACAAACAUCAAACCCUCGAAACAACAGAACAUUUGGCAUGAAGACAACGGAAAUGACGAUGUGAAGCUGAAACAGAAACGACAGAAUGUUUGGCCACCUUAUGGGCGAAAACGUUUUAAUCAUAAUAUUAGGGGUUAUCACUGAGACAUAAACAGCGAAAAAUGCAAUCAUUUUAAGAUAUCGACAAAUAUGAAUAAAUAGUUGAAUAAAUAAACGUUCUUAAAUCAAAGCAAAA